AUGAAGAGGGCAGAGACCACCCCAAAAAACGGGCUUUUUAUUUUACUGUCUUGCACUGGAGUGACCCACAUAAGCUCUGGGAGUGAAUCCUGCUGUCCCCAGGCUGCUCCAAGGAUUCCCUCCUGCCUCUCACCGCCUCUGUCUCUGUCUCAGGUUGUCCGCAGCCGCCUGGAGAAGAAAGGCGUCGCCGUGCACAACGUCAGGCUGAACGGCUCGGCAGCCAGUCACGUCCUGCACCAGGACAGCGGCUUGGGCUACAAGGACCUGGACCUCAUUUUCGGGGUGGAUCUGAAGACUGAAGAUGUUUUCCAGCUGGUUAAAGACGUGGUCAUGGAUUGCCUGCUCGACUUCCUCCCCGAAGGUGUCAGCAAGGACAAGAUCACGCCCAUGACGCUAAAGGAGGCCUAUGUGCAGAAGCUGGUGAAGGUGUGCAACGAGACCGACCGCUGGAGCCUCAUCUCGCUCUCCAACAACAGCGGCAAGAACGUGGAGCUCAAGUUCGUGGACUCUCUGCGGCGCCAGUUCGAGUUCAGCGUGGACUCCUUCCAGAUCAUCCUGGACUCGCUCCUGCUCUUCGGGGAGUGCUCGGAGAACCCCAUGGCCGAGAACUUCCACCCCACGGUGACCGGGGAGAGCAUGUACGGGGACUUCGAGGAGGCCAUGGACCACCUGCGCAACCGCGUCAUCGCCACCAGGAACCCCGAGGAGAUCCGGGGCGGGGGGCUCCUCAAGUACUGCAACCUCCUGGUCAGGGGCUUCAAGCCCAAGUCGGAGGUGGACAUGAAGGCGCUGCAGAGGUACAUGUGCUCCAGGUUUUUCAUAGACUUCUCCGACAUCGGUGAGCAGCUGAGGAAGCUGGAGUGUUACCUCCAGAGCCACUUUGUGGGCAUGGAGAGCAACAGAUAUGACUAUUUGAUGACCCUGCACAGGGUGGUCAACGAGAGCACGGUGUGCCUCAUGGGACACGAGAGGAGGCAGACCCUGAACCUCAUUGCCAUGCUGGCCGUGAGGGUCCUGGCUGAGCAGAACAUCAUCCCCACCGUCACAAACGUUACCUGCUACUACCAGCCAGCCCCUUAUGUCAGUGAAAUAAACUUCAACUACUACGUGACCCACGUGCAGCCCUUCCUGCCUUGCAAUCAGUCCUACCCCACGUGGCUGCCCUGUAACUGAGCUGGGACAAACUCCAGGGUCUGUCCUCCGAGGUAUUUCCUUGCCUUGGGGGGUGGGGAGGGUGGGGAGGGGGAACGAAAUAAAACCUACCAACCUUCCUAGAACUGCAACAAAAGGAAACUUCCUGGACUCCUGCUUGAGUGUCUCGUUCCUGGGGUUGCUGGGACGAGCCUUGUCUGCUGUACACUGUGAUGGGAAGUGCAGUGUUCUGG